AUGAGACCCUUUGGCUUGAUCUUUACGGUCAUGUUCUUGGUCUCAGCCUUUUCGGAAUCAAGAACCGCCGAUUGCAGAGUUCUCCUUGGUGGCUCAUCGGAGGUAAUAAACCAACCUAGAACUCAAGGGCUCGAUAUGCGAAGUAAAAAACUACUAGAGGUCGUUAUACGUGGUUAUAAGAAGCUACGGUCGCUCUCCUCCACCGGAGAGAGGAUGCACACAAUGGCUUCAGGACCGAGCAGGAGAGGUGCUGGUCACUAA